AUGAGAAAAAAAAGUAAAUGUGCAGUUCAAUCCCAGAAAUUCGGUCUUCUGGCUAUAUGGUACAUCGAAAAUAAUCGUGUGAAAUGUGUUAGUCACCCAAUCUACGAAAAUAAACCAUGUGAGGCAACAACGCGCAUUAAAUUUACUGAAGCCUUUCAAAGGCGGUGUUUACAAGUUACAUCAACGAUCGUUAUCUUCUUUAAUUUAAGAACUAAAAAUGUGCGCUUAAUCUCUUCGUUUUUGAGAAAUGUAGUUAUACACUCAAUUCCAUUAAGAAGAGCUAUUGUAGCUAAGGAUGAAGCACGCUUAGCCUGUUUUAAAGGGCUCGAAGCUGAGUAUAAUAGACCUAGAGGUAUAUUUAUUCCCCCAGCUUUGAAAUUCUUUGAUGGUUACAUCACUGUUGUGCAAGUUGUGAAAUUCUGCAAAAAGUAG